ACAGCUAGCAGUCGCCACUAUGUUGACAGACUAUUUGACCCUGAUCCCCAGAAAGUUCUCCAAAGUGUCAUAGACAUGAAAAAUGCUGUAAUUGGAAACAAUAAACAGAAAGCCAACCUCAUUGUUUUAGGAGCUGUUCCAAGAUUGUUGUAUUUGCUUCAAGAAGAAACCUCAAGCACAGAGCUGAAAACUGUAUGUGCAGUGGUGUUAGGGAGUCUUGCAAUGGGCACAGAAAACAUUGUCAAGUCUCUACUAGACUGCCAUAUUAUCCCUGCCUUACUACAAGGACUACUAUCCCCAGACCUGAAGUUCAUUGAAGCUUGCCUCCGAUGCCUACGGACAAUCUUCACCAGCCCUGUCACUCCAGAGGAGCUAUUAUAUACAGAUGCCACGGUGAUUCCACAUCUCAUGGCGCUGCUGAGCAGGUCCCACUACACCCAGGAGUAUAUCUGCCAGAUCUUCUCACACUGUUGCAAAGGACCAGAUCAUCAAACAAUUUUGUUUAACCAUGGGGCAGUUCAGAACAUUGCUCACCUACUAACCUCACCCUCUUACAAAGUUCGAAUGCAAGCACUGAAAUGCUUCUCAGUUUUAGCUUUUGAAAAUCCCCAGGUAUCGAUGACCCUGGUAAAUGUUUUGGUUGAUGGGGAAUUGUUACCACAGAUAUUCGUGAAGAUGUUACAGAGGGAUAAGCCUAUUGAGAUGCAACUCACGUCAACAAAAUGUUUAACUUAUAUGUGCAGAGCUAGAGCAAUUCGGACAGAUGACAGCUGUAUUGUAUUAAAAACUUUGCCUUGUCUGGUUCUAAUGUGCAGUAAGGAAAGAUUACUAGAGGAGAGAGUUGAAGGAGCUGAGACACUUGCCUGUCUGAUUGAGACAGAUGUUGAGCUACAGAGAAUCGCUAGCGUAAUCGAUCACCUCAUUGCCAUGCUUGCUGACUAUUUCAAGUAUCCCAGCUCAGUGAGUGCCAUCACUGACAUUAAAAGGCUUGAUCAGGACUUAAAACAUGCCCAUGAGCUCCGCCAGGCUGCAUUCAAGCUCUAUGCCUCUCUUGGAGCAAACGAUGAAGACAUCCAGAAGAAGAUCAUUGAGAAUGAAAAUAUGAUGGACCGGAUUGUGACUGGCUUGUCUGAGUCUAGUGUCAAGGUGCAGUUAGCUGCUGUCAGAUGUUUGCACAGUUUAUCCAGAUCUGUACAGCAGCUUCGAACCAGUUUCCAGGAUCAUGCGGUGUGGAAACCUUUAAUGAAGCCAAUUUUGGAAUCAGGAGCUGUAGAGCUGCUUUGUGGAUUAACACAGAGUGAAAACCCUGCUCUACGAGUGAAUGGGAUUUGGGCUUCAAUGAAUAUGGCAUUUCAGGCUGAACAAAAAAUAAAAGCAGAUAUUUUACGAAGCUUGAGUACUGAACAGCUCUUCCGGUUAUUAUCAGAUUCAGAUUUGAAUGUGCUGAUGAAGACAUUGGGGCUUCUUAGAAAUCUCCUCUCCACUCGACCUCAUAUAGAUAAAAUAAUAAGUAUGCAUGGAAAGCAGAUUAUGUAAGCUAUCACUCUGAUCCUGGAAGGGGAGCAUAGCAUUGAAGUUAAAGAGCAGACACUGUGCAUCCUAGCCAACAUAGCAGAUGGGAGAACAGCAAAAGAACUUAUCAUGAUCAAUGAUGACAUCCUACAGAAAAUCAAAUAUUAUAUGGGUCACUCACAUGUCAAACUACAGCUUGCCGCUAUGUUUUGUAUAUCAAACCUCAUAUGGAAUGAAGAGGAAGGUUCCCAGGAGCGCCAGGAUAAAUUACGAGACAUGGGCAUUGUAGAUAUUCUACACAAAGUGAGUCAGUCGCCAGACUCAAACCUUUGUGACAAGGCAAAGACCUCGCUGCAGCAGUACCUGGCAUGA